AUGACCAAUUCCACCACGGUGACUGAGUUUCUCCUCAUGGGAUUUGCUAAUAGGGAACUAAGGUUCCUUCACAUGAUGUUGUUCCUACUGAUGUACUUGUCCACCUUGUUAGGAAAUCUUCUCAUCGUCUCUGUCACCACAUUUGACCAGAACCUUCACACACCCAUGUACUUCUUUCUCAGGAACCUGUCCAUCUUAGACAUGUGCUACAUUUCUGUCACUGUGCCCAAUGUCUGUGUCAACUCCCUCACUGACAACAGGGCCAUUUCGGUUGCUGGGUGUGCAGCUCAGAUAUUUUUCGUCAUUUAUUGUGCAUUUGUAGAAAUUCUGUUCUUCACCAUCAUGGCCCAUGACCACUAUGUGGCCAUCUGCCAGCCCCUCCACUACCCCGUCAUCAUGAAUCAAAGAGUCUGUGUCUGGACAACACUGGUCUCCCUGCUCAGUGGUCUGAUCUAUGCAGGUGUGCACACAGGGGACACGUUCUGGCUGUCCUUCUGUCAAUCCAACGUGGUCCAUCAGUUCUUCUGUGAUGUUCCCUCUCUGCUGAGCCUCUCCUGCUCGGACACUUUCAACAAUUUCCUCUUACUUAUUAUCUCUGCCAUUGUGGUCUGUGGUGGCUGCUUUGUCUUUAUCAUCAUGUCCUACAUUCACAUAUUUUCCACUGUGCUGAAGUUUCCCACCAGAGAGCGAGGUAAGGCCUUUUCCACAUGUGUCCCUCACAUCCUGGUGGUGUCCGUCUUCCUCGUCACUGUCUCCUAUGUGUACCUGAAGCCUUCAGUAACAUCCGAAACCAUCCAGGACAUGAUUCUUUCUGUAUUUUACACCAUACUCCCUCCAUUCUUGAAUCCCAUCAUCUACAAUCUUAGAAACAAACAGGUCAAGGAAGCUGUAAGAAAAGUACUAAAAAACUUUUCUUCUGGAAAAUGA